AUGCGUGCACGGAGGGUGAGGCUGCACUCCUGCCCCUCGCCGCCCGGCUCCUGCCCCUCGCCGCCCGGCUCCAGCUCCCCGCCGCCCCGCUCCAGCUCCCCGCCGCCCCGCUUCUGCCACCUGUGGCUGCUGGUCCCUCUGCUCCUGGUGGCCCUGCGGGCGGCUGACGGUGCCCGGGAGGCCCCCCGCCCCCGCGGCAUGCCGCUCGCCAACACCUCGGUCGCAGCCGGGAGGCACGUGCGCAGCUACGACCACCUGCAGGGAGACGUGCGCCGCAGGAAGCUCUUCUCCUUCCAGAAGCUCUUCCUCAGGAUCGACAAACAUGGCAGGGUCAACGGCACCAAGAGCAAGGACGACCCAUACAGUAUACUGGAGAUUAAGUCGGUGGUGGUGGGGGUUGUUGCCAUUAAGGGUCUGAGCAGCAAUUAUUUCCUGGCGAUCAAUAAGAAGGGAGACCUGUAUGGCUCGAAGGACUUCAUUGGGACGGACUGUGAGCUGAAGGAGCGCAUUGAGGAGAACGGCUACAACACCUACGCCUCGGCCCACUGGAGGAGCAGGAGGAGGCCCAUGUUCGUGGGGCUGAGUGCAAACGGCAAGCCCAUGAGGGGGAGGAAAACCCGGCGGAAAAACACCGCCACGCACUUCCUGCCCAUCGUGGUCUAGCCGCGGCCCCCUCCAGCGUGCUGAGGGAGACACCCACCGCGGCCCCCUCCAGCGUGCUGAGGGAGACUCCCACCUUUUACUGCACUGAAAGAAAGACUCAUCCUAAAUAAAUGCUAAUAUUUUCUCCAGACAUUUUAAUUUUAUGUUAAUUUUAUUUUAUUGCAAAGAGGAAGGCACUAUUUGAACUGACGCCGGUCGAGUCUGAUUGAAGACAUUUUGUUGUUAUUAAGUUAUGACUGGGUACAGACUCAUCCUGCACCAAAUCGUUUGGACAUAAUCAAACGCUGGACUCAAUGAAGAAGGAAACACAAGGACGUUUCCAGGAGUACUGCAGGACUGAGACAGGGAGGCUUAGUGCAGAUGUGCGUGUGGCCCUGGCACGCAGGUAUUUAUGCAGUGCUCAUAUGAAGACUUCUCAGUGACAUUCAAGCUCAGCAAACCAGCUACCGGACGCACUUGGAUGAGGUGUAAGAGUAAGGCACUGGGAAAGGAAUUUGUCGAAUUAAGAGUAUUUAGUCAACCAGUGGUCAGUUAGCGCCAACAUAAGAAUUAACAACAUUAACAAUAGGCAAAGCCACUGUACUGGAUUGGUCAAUUUAUUUUUCUGACUGCUUUUGAAUAAAUUAUUUAUUGUAUGUAAUAUUUAAUGAAAAAAGAAAGGAAAAUGUGGACAAAUCCGUUUCAUUCAUGCUUUAUUUAUCUUCCCAAGUACAAUGUUUCAACGUUGAUAACAGAUAUGGAGGUACAUGCAUUUCCCUCUUCCAUUCAGAAUAGGUCUGUAAGAAUCGCACCUUUUUAUAAAUACUUACAAAACACUUUGCUCUUGAAAAAAGUAUCUUGAUAUACGGUAACUUUAAUUUUGGCUAGACAAAAAGGUAUUGUUGAAAGUUAUACAGGUUAGAAGACAUUGUGCUGUGCUUGGGACAUUAAUGUAACAUACUGGAAUGGCCAUAGUUUGCUUAAGUGGGUGAAGUCUGUUGUAAAUGUCAACCAGACAUUAUGAAGUGAUGAAUGAAUGAACCAAGGAAAAAAGCCUCAGAAGAUAACUUGUUUUCAGUCGCUCAUGCAAACACAAAGUCAUUUGUUAAUUGUGAUUUACAGGUGUUUUAAAUUCUAAAUGAAGACAUGACAGAUGUGGCAUACAACCAAGAUUACAAAGGUUCAGUUAAAAUAUGGAUGCUGCCAUCUAUUAUCAUUUUUUAUGUAUCUGUCUAAUUUUAAUAGUUUGGAGACUGGUUUCCCAUAUUUUUUAUGGUACAGAAGAUAUUUUAUCAUAGAGUGAACAUAUAUAUAUUACCUUCCUGGAUUGCUGGUGUUCAACUGAUCCUGUCUAAGUUAUUGUUACAUAUGCAAGUCCUCACCAGCAUGUCUGUCUACUGUGUUAAUCAUUACUACUCAAACUGUAUAGGACCAGUACGAUACUGUAUCCCUGAGACCAGUAUAAUACUAUAUCCCUGGGACCGGUACGAUACUGUAUCCCUGAGACCGGUACGAUACUGUAUCCCUGAGACCAGUACGAUACUGUAUCCCUGAGACCAGUAUGAUACUGUAUCCCUG